AGAUUAUAUUAUUAAGUGGCACAUUAAAAUCAUUAAAAAAAAAAGAACCUGUAUACGUCCUCUGGCUAUAUAAACUCUUCCUUUACCAAAAUUCUUCUAGUCAUUAAGUACGUGUCUGUAUCAUUGAAGAGUUCUGUUAUAUAAUAAGAUUUUGAUUGAUUCAUUAUUGACAGUAUAAAGUGAAAAUGCCUCUAAGUAUGGAACGUUGGGUUGGAAAAGUUGCUAUUGUGACAGGGGCAAGCGUUGGAAUUGGGGCUGCAAUUGCAACAAGAUUGGUAAAAGAGGGAUUAUUGGUGGUUGGUAUAGCUCGCAGAGUUAAACUCAUCGAAGAACUCGCGACGCGCCUGACCAACGAAAAAGGAAAAUUGUACGCUUUAAAAUGCGACGUCAUGAAAGAAGAAGAUAUAUUGAGCGUUUUUAAAUGGGUCCGCGAGCACUUAUCUCCUGUUCACAUAAUAAUUAACAACGCCGGUAUAGUAGAAAAUACAAAUUUAAUAGAUGGAGAUGUUAAAAUGUGGAAGAACGUUCUAGAUACCAACAUUCUUGGAUUGUGUAUCGGAACUAGAGAAGCUGUUAGAGAUAUGGUUAAAAAUAAUGUUAAUGGACACGUAAUACACAUGAAUAGCGUUGGUGGGCACAGGGUUCCUUAUUUUACUUUUAGUAAUGUCUAUCCAGGAACAAAACAUGCUGUGACUGCUUUGGCUGAAACUUUGAGGAAAGAGUUCUCAGCAAAUAAAUUGGAUAUCAAAAUUACAAGUAUUAGUCCAGGUAUUGUCAAGACGGGAAUUGGAAAUAAUUGCUACAAUUUUGAGAAACAAGUAUCAAUAUCACCAAUGCUACAUGUAGAUGACGUAGUUGAUGCUGUUAUGUAUGCACUUUCCACGGGUCCAAAUGUAUUGGUUGAAGAAAUUAUCAUCAAACCUCUUCACGAACCUUUUUGAUGAAACAAUCUGAAAAUAUUCACAUUGCCUACCUGAUGAGUAUUAAUUAUAAUGUAUUUAAGUGUUAAAAGGCAAUAACAAUGUUAAUUGUAUUUUAGUAACAGUUUUCUAUAAUAUACAGAUACGAAAUGCG